UCGAGAGUAAAUAGGCAGCCAACGUAACUUUUUCAGAAUCGGUUUAAUACGAUUUCGUCCAGCUCUGCCGGGUAAAAUUCUAGCAGUUGCAUCAGCACUCAUUAAAGCUUUCCGCUUGCCUUCAAAGGCAGCCCCCCGAACAGCCCAUUAUAGUACUGUAAUCCGUUCAGAUACACUUGUAGUUUGCCAAACAGUCACAGCUGGAAAAAAGCCGUCCGUGCCACUGGGAGCACCUGGGCCUGUGAUGACAAUGCUGGAUCCAAGAACACACCCCGCGGCAAGAACCGCUGCCCAACACAAUCGUCGAGCGCGCAGUCUUUUGGAAAACAUCGCCGUACUGAAUGAUUUAAAUGCCCUCCAGCGGGGCGGGCGAAAGGGCUCACGGGUGUGGUAGUCCUUGGCUCCUGGAAUACUCGGAGGGAGGCUUCGUGGAAAAGAUUCGCUCAGCCUACAAAUCCCAAGUCGCCACGCAGCGCCUGGGUUCGGAGACCCCGCCGUCUGCUCCUCCUCGCAAGGGGGUCUUCUCCUGAUGGGGCGCCAGGGAUUGGUCAGCUUGGCUGCGCUUCCAUUGGCUGGCUGCUUGGCUCUUGCGCGGCGGCGGCUGGAGAAGUUGCGUCGCGCGGCCGGUAGGCAGAGCAGGGGACUGCGAGGGGCUGAGGUGGCCCUUUCGUGCUUCUCUGAGGUUAUGCCCUUUUAACCCCCCCACGGAAGAGGCGUCCUGCCGCCCCGGAGAGGCUCUAUGGCUGCCGCGGGACUCAAGGCUGCGGGCGGCAGCGUGUGGAAGAGCGGUGGAGUCGGUCUGCAGCUGGUGGCCGCUGCCGCUUCCACUCACAGUUGCGCCUCUAAAGGCAGCGGAGACGGGCGCGCUGGCUGCAGCCAGCCGAGGGCCCACCAGCACCAGUCGGCGGGACACGCGCCGCCGCCGCCCUCCUUGAACAGCAAAGUCAAGAGAGCCGGGGACUCCAGCCAUGCAGCCACUGCCCCCUUGGGCAGCCCCGUCGAAGGGGUCGACACCAAGUCCUUUCUCUGGGCCAGGUACCACGAGAUGAAAAAGCUGGUUUACGAUCUCCUCCCACCAGGGGUCUGCAGUCUUCUUAACCCAGCAGCUAUUUAUGCAAAUAAUGAGAUCAGUCUGGGAGAUGUGGAGAUCUAUGGCUUUGAUUAUGAUUACACAUUAGCGCAAUAUUCAAAUUUGUUACAUUCUAUGAUAUUCAACACUGCCAGAGACAUCUUAAUUGAACAGUUUAAGUACCCAGAAGGACUCAGAAAAUAUGAAUAUAUUCCUGGAUUUGCCAUAAGAGGGCUUCACUAUGAUGUCCACAAGAGCCUUCUGAUGAAGAUUGAUGCUUUCCACUAUGUUCAGUUGGGUACUGCAUAUCAAGGACUGAAACCAGUGCCUGAUGAAGAGGUUAUUGAGAUGUAUGGCGGAACCCAGCAUAUUCCAUUAUACCAGAUGAGUGACUUUUACGGCAAGGGUCCAUCAAUUAAGCAGUUUAUGGACAUCUUCUCCCUUCCUGAAAUGACUCUGCUUUCAUCCGUGACUGACUAUUUCAUGACUCACAAUAUUGAGUAUGACCAAGUUCAUCUUUACAAGGAUAUAAGUGAUGCCAUUAAAGAUGUCCAUGUGAAAGGAAUGAUGUACAAAUGGAUUGAAAAGGACAUGGAAAAAUAUAUUCUUCAUGGAGAUGAAACUUAUGCUGUCCUAAAUCGACUGGUUAACCACAACAAAAAACUAUUUCUUAUCACAAACAGUCCUUUUAGCUUUGUUGAUAAAGGAAUGAAGCACAUGGUUGGGAAGAACUGGCGAGACCUUUUCGACAUGGUCAUUGUGCAAGCAGAUAAGCCGAAUUUCUUCACUGAUAGACGCAAACCCUUCAGGAAAAUGGAUGAAAAAGGUUCACUUCAUUGGGAUAAAAUAAGCAAACUGGAAAAGGGGAAAAUUUACAAACAGGGCAAUCUGUUUGAUUUUCUGCGGCUAACAGGCUGGCGGGGGUCCAAAGUCCUUUAUUUUGGUGACCAUUUGUACAGUGAUCUUGCAGAUCUCAUGCUGCGGCAUGGUUGGAGGACAGGUGCCAUUGUUCCAGAACUUGAAACAGAAAUCCGAAUCAUUAAUACAGAACAAUAUAUGCACUCUUUGACUUGGCAGCAGGCUCUUACAGGACUUUUGGAGAGAAUGCAGAUGUAUCAAGAUGCAGAAUCUAGGCAGGUGCUACUCGAAUGGAUGAAAGAACGACAGGAAAUUAGGUCACUUUCAAAGAAUCUUUUUAACCCCCAAUUCGGAAGCAUCUUUCGAACCUUCCACAACCCAACCUACUUUUCUCGAAGACUGAUCCGUUUCUCUGACAUCUACAUGGCAUCCAUCAGUUGCCUGCUGAACUAUGAUGUCAACUUCACCUUCUACCCCCGGCGCACUCCACUGCAGCAUGAAGCUCCCCUCUGGAUGGACCAGCUCUGCACUGGUUGCAUGAAGACUCCAUUCUUGGAGGAAAUGGUGCAUAUCCGGUGAAAGGAUCUGUACGUCCCACUGCUGCGAUACAGUUGUUAUAUAUGAAGGGCCCAACAGCUUAGCCUUAGAUUGCAACCUGGUUACAGUGUGUGCCCAUUGCUGUCCUUUGCCUCCCAGCACUUCCUAAUAGAUACUCAAGAUGAAUGAGUGAAAACUGUACAAGCUGUACAAAUUAUGUCUUAGAAAUGCUUCACUGAUAAGAAGUCCAAAGGUAAAUUAGGUUCCUGUGCAUUGUCUCCAUAAAGAAGUUCCUUUUACAUAGAGAUUCUACCCAAAAUGUUCAGAUCCAGAGUUUGUCCACUGUGUAGCCGUGAUCCAAUGAUAUUCUCAGAACAUGUUGAUACUAUACAGCUCUAUUUGUCCAUGUCUCUACCCAGACUUUUAGAUGUGACUUAGCUGUGAUUAUAUUGGCAAAUAGCUCUGGAUGUAUUCCUACGGAAAUGUGGACACAUUUACAUUCUUAAGACCUAACCCAGAAUCACUUUUGGUUCAUUAGCUCUGUGAUGCACUCUAAAUCAUUGGCAAAAGAAUUUUAAACUUUCAUAACUGCCAGCAGCUCUGAAUGUGCUAGAUUAACACUUGAUUAGGUUAUAAAUUCAAAGGUGCUAGCUUGUGUCUCUUUGCACAACUGAGCACAGUAUAAUAAACAACAUAUAGCCAAUUCAGUUUUAUGUACAAAUGUAGUGAUCGACAGAGCUUAUUGUUAGCAUGGCCCGGAAGGGCUAAACAAGCAAAGUUUCUCACCCGGUAGAUCAAUGACUGCUGCUGAGAGCAUAGUGAGAUUUCACAAUAGGUAGUGUGCAUUUAUGCUAGAGCGUGGAUUGGUCCACAUGUACCACUUGAUUAUUACACUUUGACUCAUAGCACAAUGUGUGACCUGACCAUUGGAAAGCACUGUGUUUGUGGUAACAUCAGCUGAUGUGGUAGCUUUGUAAUGGCUCAACAAUGAACGUACGGUAGUUCCUGCACUUGUCACAUGAUGUGCAUGCAUGUGUCAAUCAGCCCUAUUAAAUAUACCAUCCCAUAUAUUUCUAAAAACUCCUUUUCACCAUUGUAUAAGCGUAGCUUGAAUGUCAAACCUAUUUCUUAAUGAGAUCAAAAUAUGGAAACAAAUGGCAUAUUGUUUAAGCAUCUGCUACUUUUUAGCUGGACACAAAUGAAGGACACAAUCUAUCACCAGUUGUGCUGCAAAAGAGGAGCCUAGGGUUCAAUGGCUGAAGCCACGGGUGCUUUCCCCUUUGUAUGAGAUGUAAACCUGGGUCUCUUUCACUGUGCAAUAGGUGGCGCUGCCAUUGAAAGACUCCUCAGAAGCAUCAGCUAACACAAGUGGUGAGUUAUCAAGACCAUGUUAACUUAAGUGUUCCAGUGUUUGCAUGGGUUUCCUAUUGUCUUCAAAGCUCAGUUCAAGAUGCUAGCUUUUACUUAGAGAGGGCGAUUGUGGCUCAGUUCUAAGGCACAUGCUCUGCACAUAUAAAAAGCCUCAUGUUCAAAGCUCUGUGUAUGUUUGAGAAUGUUCCAUCUAAAAUCCUGCAACUGAUCUGACUUGAUAGAAGGCAGUUCCCUGUAUAUUUGUAAAGUCAAACGUUUGGGGCUGAAGCUAGUUUGGCGACACAUCUUUUCUAUAUUUCAUCAUAAUGGAGCCCCCUGACACUCAACUCUCAGAAACAUACCAUUUAAUAGAGCAUCUUUCCCUGGAAGACUCACCAAAGUCCAUUUGGGCUGGCUCUGGUAAGCGUUGCAGGUGUAUAAAUUAAAAGCUGGGCAGGGGGAUAUGUGUUUAUUUUUUAAAAUAUUGCAAUCUGAUUGAAUUCUAUAAUGGGUUUUAUGCUGGAUAAUUUAGGUAUGGCAAUAAAUAAAUAAAGCUGCUCCAAAUGAUUCCAGCACAAUUUUUUUAAAAAAUCAACUCAAGAACUAAUUUGUCUUACAAAUGGCAGUUCAAAACUGGAAUAAAGCUGAACUGUUUAUUGACAUGGUAAAUUGCAUUCUAACGAUGCCAAAGCAGCCUUGCUGACAAAUUAUAGAAAUUGUUGUCACUGUAUGAUGCUUUAGGAGAUGGUAUGUUGCUCUUUCUUAUGUAUAUGGUACCAAAGUGAUAUUGUUUAAGACUAGCAUACUGGCCUUCGUGUACUGUAUCUUUUAUUUUUUACUCUUUUAAGGUUUAUAAAAUGUGGUUUGAUUAAUUAUUCUGUAGCUAUAAUAGACUUAAGUUUAGUUGUGACCAAAAAAAUCACUUUGUUUCCCUGCUUAAGAUUUGAAUGAUAAACAUACCUUAAAAUGGCCUCUCUGAAGUUUUCUACUAUUUAAUGACAACUGAUGGUGUUUCCUCCUUGGCAGGGGGUUGGACUGGAUGGCCCUUGUGGUCUCUUCCAACUCUACGAUUCUAUGAUUAGCUUGCAGAACACAUGCAGACUACGUAGGGCUGUUAUUUAUGUUUUGUGAUGGAGUUGUUUGUCCCUCUUCUCUUUUGACAUGUUCUCAACUAUGUCAUAUCUCUCUUCAAACAUGAUGACUUUUAAAAACUGAUAAGCACUGUGUAGGCAAACGCAUAACACUGAGGAAUACCUACAGGGGUGACAACCUGAAUAAAAUGGGAGGGGGGGUUAAGCCCUGCCCAACAUAGAAUUUCUAGAAAGGCCGGGCAUUCCCAUUCAAAGUGAAGGUAUAAAACUUGAUGUCACUUCAUUUCCUUAUUACCGUUGCCUGCUUUAAAUGUGCCAGUUAACUUUAUACUGCACAGAAGAGAUAACAUGAAUAACUAACAAUGAUUCCUGCGUCAUAAAGCCAUCUGUGACCUAGAUUUUGAACAUGAAAUAUAUCACUUAGGAAAACUACCUGUUUAAUAUAUCAGUUGGGCUAGACAUUUAGGUGGAGGGAAUGAGCAUUUUAAUAAAAAGCUUGUAAGACUGACAUGAUGGAGAAACCAAUUAACUUGCUAUACUGUUUCCAUUGUAUUUACUGUAUUCUGGAAAAAGUGAUACUGGAUUACUUGUCAGACAUUGUUCUGUAAUUUUUAGCACAUUU